AUGAGGAGGCCACGGGAUGAACAUGUAGCACCUCCUCCUGCUCAGCCUCCACAGAUGCCGCAGAGAUAUAAAAGAUUUUCUGAUUGUAAAAUGAACAGUACAGUGAGGGAUUUUUUGCUGGAAGAAUAUGCGACAUUGCCCAAAAUGAAUCUGCAUGACUUUUUGAAUCAAUGCUUCUCAAACACGUAUAACACAGUGAAUGUGUCAAUGGAAACGUUUGUUAAGAAUCCUGAAGAUUAUAUUAAGGAUGCCGAGAUUCUUGAGGAUAUACAGGGGCUUUAUGAGUUCAGGGAGUACAAAAGGAUUGUUGAGAAACUGCCUGAAACAGAAAUGUGGAUAAACUACCUUAAAGAGGAAAAAAUUUAUACCAUCAGCGAUUGGGUGAACGGUGCAACUCCAGAGGUGAAAAACUCCAUUAGCCCUGUAGCAAGGGGAAGGUUGAAUGCAGUACAAUAUGCUGUCACGGAAUCAGAAGUAUGGUUUCUGCCGCGUGUUUCUGUCAAAAGUUGUCGAGAUGUUUACGAUUCUUUUUACAAUGCGAAAUGGAGUUAUGUGAUGUCGGGUUAUGAUGCGGAGCCACUUGGAAUGAAGGUAUUCGAUGGAAGGCCGCAGCGCAUAUGGACGGAGGCAGAAUUGAAUAUAACUCCUAAAACUGCCGAUGUUGAUGCAAGAGUAAAGGAAGGAUCCAAUGGUUUGGAGAUUUUUGUUCUUACGUCGGAGAAGGGUUGGCCAUACAACAGGUUUGUAUUGGGUUACACUGAGAGAUGCAAGACAAUUUGCAAGCAUGUAUAUAUCCGUCGUGAAAUUAUGCGCGUGUGGUAUAUAAUCCAACGAGGUCUGAAAGCAUGGUGGAUGGAAGCAACAGCUGAGGGUCCACCAAUACAUAUUAUUAUUGGCACGUCUGGAAUUGGUAAAACAUGUGGCCUUGGAUCAUUUUUAUUUUAUUCACUGCUUCACUUCAAUGAAGGAAUGCUUGAUGUUGUUGCAUAUUUCUUGGAGGAUUCUGCCUUCCUGAUAUACAACCGAGAGGGUGAGGAAAGAGGGACUGUUGAUGAAUACGAACGCUGGGAGUCUGCCGUUGCUGCCAUAAAUAAAAUGAAAUCUGAAAGCAAAGGGCACAUUGUUAUGGACACAAGGUAUGCAAUGGAGCAACUAUACACUCAACUUCCCUCUGAUGUUUGGAGUGUAACUUUCCUCACUUUCCCUAAAAGUGACCAUUUUGAUGAGUGGAGUGCAAAUAAGGGAGGCCACCAAAUUAUUAUGAACUGCGAUGAUGUGCGUGACAUGAAGGCAUUUAUGGCAUGGAAAAAGCUGUCAAUACAUACAGGAGAAAAGGUGUCCAACAGAAGAAGAUACGAAUUGAAGAGAGAAAUUGAAGAUGAGUGGAAAAUAGUGGAGGAACGCAUUAAUUUAAUUGGACCGCUGCCUCGUUAUAUAUUUGGUUUAGGUUGUUAUGAGUGGCAUCUGAAAAGUGUGUAUGAUGCGUUGAGAGCUAUGAAGAAAUCUGAUAAAUAUUGCUAUAAUGAUAUUAUUGAACACACGGCUGACUGGCGGAACGAUGAAGUUAUGAACAAGUUGGUGAAGAUUGUAAGAGUAAAAGGAAAUGUUGGAGGAGUCGAAUCAUACAAAUGUCAAGCCCUAUCGCUGAUGAUCAGAAAUAUGAUGAUGAAUUAA